AUGGUGUUUUCUAUCUACGAUGUCCCGGCGAUGCCACCUCCGCCUGGUAUCAAGUCCAACUUCGAGCACCCAGAUACAAACGCACCAUGGAUUCGAGUCCUGAAUUCGAUCUUCGCUCAUCUGGCUUUUGUGUUGGUUGCUAUCCGGCUGUACCCAAGGACCACCAUGCCGCGAAGCCAGCGCUUAGAAUGGGACGAUGGGCUCUGUGUGUUAGCAAUGAUAUGGACGCCACCUGUGGGACAUCCGCGCUAUGUCCUUAACGCACUCCAAAGUCGCCCUGCUCUAGGGAUUUCCAUCGGACAGUCCAUAAAAUGCAGUGGUACAGAUGCGAUCGGAAAUCGUUUCUACGCUUCUCUGUCAAUAUGCACUACCGUCACAGUAUUCGGAACUAUGAACACAGCUACCGACUUCUAUACUCUCGUCAUUCCCCUUAAUCGUGUCCUGAAGCUGAAGAUAACCAGGCGGAAGAAGAUUGGGCUAUCGGCGAUCUUCUUGGGGGGUUUGAUUGCAUGCCUCAUGAGCACUACGCGUCUCAUUAUAGUCAUUAUCAACUUCAAUAAGUCUCCAGAUAAUCUUUGGGAAGCUGCCAUCGUUUCGCCCUUCGCCAUUUUGGAGAUGAACCUCGCUAUUAUGUGCGGUUGUAUGACGUUCAUCCCAGCUUUCUUCAAGAAGAGCAAGGUUGUCGCUCGCUCUGCGUUUUCGGUGCUUACAUCAAGUUCCAAUAUAUCAACUACCACCGGCGAUUCCCAGACGCCCAGUUCCCUAGGCGUCGAGAGACAAGACUGCGGAGGAACUGAGCAUCAAAAGGAGGGAUUUGAAUCGUGGGAGAGAAGUGCCCCAACCCUGACCCUUCUCACUGAAACAGUGGAGCUUCCGUCUCCUACGCUUGUCCGCUAG